UAUCCCAACCACAUGGUUCAUCGCAUAUGUCAUCUAAAUUUGAAGACGACGAUUUAUCAAAGGACAUGCUAUCCCGGAAGGAGGGGGUUCUGUCGCGCGAGCUGUGUGGCUUGAUGAAAAAUUUAUUCAAAUUAGAUGCAAAUGAGAAUCGUCCAGUGCAAGACUGUUCCGUGUCCCUUUCCAUUCAAGAUGGUCACAUGAAAGUCAAUUUUAAAGUCCCAGCGACAGAACAGCUCAUGCAAGAGGAAAUCGAAAAAAUCAAGCAAAAUGUUCUUAAAAAUAUCAAGGAUAUAGAUAUCGGUCUCGGUGUUGUGUCCAACACCGAUGACGUCAGUAUCUACAAGAAGGACGACAAAAUGUCAACCACAGUGGAAAUAAUAUUGACGACAACGAAGCCUCUUUCUGGUGUUACCGCCUCGACAACGUCACGUGAUACCGUUACUAAAUCUAAAUCCCAUAUAGAUACAGUAACUACUGCUGGUCCAAAAUCAACAACGGAGGAACAUAGGGCAGCAAUCGAGACUCAGGAGCGUGUAGAAUCUAAAGAUAAAACAACGACAUAUUCUUUUGCUGAAUUGAUAACAACAACAGAAACUCAAAUCCCCGAUCACACAAGUAUUGAUGACGUAGCAUUUUUAUCUCAUCUAAAUAAGACUGUUAAAGAUUUGAUUCAAAACUUUGAUUUAGAACUUGGAGUGACAAAAGACCCCAUUGAAAAUCAAAAUCAUCUAGUAAAUGACUUCGAACACCUUAAGCAUCACCUAAAUGAAAUCGCUCUUCGUAAGUCAGACCAUGUAACUUCCACGGAAAAAUCAGUUGUAGAUAGCAAAAAUAUUUCUGCGAAAGGACAUAUUAACCAUGAUAGGUUUAAUUUGACACUGGAUAAAAAUGAUACAUUUAAUUUCAAUGGGUUGCAGUUUCUUAAAGCAACUUCGAAAGCAGAAGGAGACACUAUAAUUAAAAAUAUGUCACUGGACAAUGAUGAAACAAACGGAAGCAGCUCAAAUACUUUUAAACAUGAAGCAAGAAUUAAUGUUACAGACAUCACCAAUGCAACAAAGUCAGUGGAUUAUCAAAAUCCUAUGUCUAGUGAUCCACUUGAUGACUCCUAUUAUGAUAUCAAUUUUACUGAUGGAUCAGAAUUGACAAAAACAAGAUCUAACAGCAAAGAAUUGGAAACACUCAAUGUCACGAAACAGUAUACCGCGACAGUUUCAAGCUUUAUUUCAACGACAACAGCUAGCAUUGAUCCAAGCAAAGUCACUCAGCUAUUUACAAUGACAGAUUUACACGCAGAACUCCUUUCAUCAGCAGUAGCAACUUCAACUAAAUCUUCACUGCAUGAUUUGAAUCUGGAUGCAAAUUCAAAACUAGGAAAAAAAGAUAAUGAUCAAAGUGGAGCAGUGGUAACAACAGUACCUGUAAUGAGUAGUCCUGGAUCAACGGAGUCAACUCCGAAAGCAACAACCAUUGUUGACUCUACUUCAGUGGCAGCCACUAAAACGACGACUUCACUGCAAGAUCUUUAUCAGGACUUUCUGUGGAAUUUUGGAUCAAGAUUAUCAACAACCUCGAAGCCUGACACAACUACUCAUGAUCACACAGCUCACAGCUCUCCACAUGCUGACAAACACCAUUAUGGAAUGUAUGGUCGAAGUCGUGCCCCUAUGCAUUUCACAAAGCAAACAAUUGGACCAGAAUUGACAUUAACUGAAAAAUCAACUUUUAAUUUUGAUGGCAUGUCUUUAGAUUUACCCACAGAAAAUGAAACUGCGAAACAAGUGCUUAAUAAGACAAGCAAGGAGAAUAAUAUUACGAAUUUACACAUGCAUGAUGAAUACGAUCCCCAUAAUAAUUCCAACUUUCCAAACUCUUUGCCUGCUUCUGCGGUGUCAGCAAAUGAAUUGUUUCAAGGGUUUGAAAAACUUAACUUUGAAGGAUUAUCGUAUGAUGAUUACAAAUCUCCAGAAAAUAACUGGACUUUGAGCAAUUCUGAUGGUACUCCUACUAUGAUAAACAAUAUAGAACAAAAGCAAGUUAGUCAAAUAAAAACAGAUAAGGUUUUUGAACACUCUGACAAAACCAAACCCUUUUCUUUGAUUAAACCUACUGCAAGCUUUUCAAAGAUCUAUGAAAAUUCAAAAUUUUCUUCCACUGUUUCAUGGAUAAGUUCUCAGGAACUUCUAGAAGGUUCUUCAGAAAGUCUGUUCAAGAGCCUUAUAGGGACAAAAAGCUCUUCAAACACUAUCUUGGAAGCAACUAUAAAUAUAUACUCGACAACCAGAGGAUUGAUUACAUCAUUUCCUUCUCCAUCGUAUUCGACGGAUUACGAACAAACGUUUAGUUUUCAUCCUCAUCAAAAAAAUUCACAAAGCUCACAAAUUACAAUAUCCUCUUUAAAGACAGAAAACAACUCGUCACUUGAUGUAAUAACUUCAGUAUCUGGAUUAGAACUGCCACCUCACUCACCAAAUAACCUGUCCACAAUACAGUCGUCUAUAAUACAAUCUUCUAAAUUCGUUGGGGAAGAUUCGUCAGUCAGUUUACAUAGUUCAAACAAGGAUUUUAUUUUAGAUGACUCUUUAUUCCAACAACAUUUAUCAUUUCCAGAGCAAAGACUUAUCGACCACACUUUGCUGAAGUUACCUGUUAUGUCAGUCCAACUUGCCCUCGACAGCUCAUUAUCGGCGAACCAUUACAGAUCCCUUCAGGCUAAUGGAUUUGAAGUAGUAACCCCUUUGACGAAGUCAUCAAAUGAACCUUUAGAUUGGCAUUCUUUAUACAAUAAAACGGAAAAUACAUUCAUCUCAGAAAAAUUGGAUUCAUUCUCAAAGACAUCUCUUCAGCUUGACAAAUCAUCAAUUAGUUCAACUCUCACUACAUUACCACCUAAUAAACCAUCUGCUUCCCCUGAAGAAAGUCAAAAUGAUGACUUUCCAAACAAAAGUUUUUAUUUUCCUGUAUAUCACGACAUCAUUAAGGAUACUGCUUUGAUUUCUCAUAGUGUUCCAUCACCAGAGAUAGACCAAAACUUUUUUCUUGAAAACAGCCCUUCCAACAUUCAGUUUUCCAUUCUUCCAAGCAUAACAAAGUUCUCAAUACAAGAUUCUUCAACAUCUUUACCACUAGCAUCACCCAAACUACCCUCAUUCACAAUGCAUAGAAGAAUAUCGAUACCAAAAAUGUCAGCAUUCCAAGAGAAAUAUAAUACAAAACAUAGUUUCUCCUCAAAGAUAUUGAUACAUCCAACUAAGACUUCUGGCUUAACAAGUCAUGAAACGCACAAGUCAUUAUCUCUUAAUACCAUAUCAUUUCCGGUGGAUAUGGCAACUUUGACAUUUCCAGAUCAGAAUUGGAAUAGAGACCAGGGCCUGUAUUCCAAUCAACAUGACAAGCACCUAUACACUUCAACAAAAAAUGACAGAGUUCCAAUUUUAUCAUCUUUCUUGCAGGAAAGCUCCGCUGAUUAUUCAUCUCGUUUCUCAUUGUCACACAUAUCUUCAUCCUUCUCAAUAUUAGCAUUAGGCUCCUCAAGUAUAAAACCAUUUCGUAGCGGAGACGUUGGGGUAUUUGCAACAAAUAUUCCUUGGGAUGCUCUUGAUAUAAAACCAACCAAAUCAACCUAUUUAUACAGUGUUUCAUCGCAUCAUGAAAUGGAAAAUAAUGAAGGAGGAACUAGUCCCGAUAAAUUAUUUGUAAGAAAACAUGAGAAAGAAUCAAGUGUUCUCUAUCCAAGUUCUUCGUUUCUGGAAUUUUACACAGAAAUCAAUACCAAAACUUAUCAUAAUACUCAUUCGAUAUCUGUGUACACCGUAACCCACGAGCCUAUCGUCUAUCUUACCAUUGAUACAAGGCCACUGAUGGAAUCAUCUUUAUCCAUACAGCCGACACCCAGGGUAUCUUUCCAAGCAACUUUCUUCCGGGAUCGUAAAAAGCUAGAGGAUCUUCCUCAUCAAGGUAAAAGAGGUAUAUUGAGAAUAAAAAGUGUUUCCAACAACCCUGGAGAAACUACAACGGGAAGUCCUAUUAAUGUGGAUAACACUUCAGCUAGACCGAAAUUGUCAGCAUCACAAGUCGCAGAUCUUCGAAAAAAUCUAGCCCGUAUGAGAGCUGCUAGAAUGCGGAAUUUCCGAAGGAGACAAAAUUUGCUUGCUCGUAGGCAGUCUGGAAUUAUGAAUGAUUUUCCACUAAGACGUCAAAUUUCGGGAAGUAAUACUGCAAAUACCUUAGUGGGACGAGGUCUUGGUGUGGAUGGUAAUGGCAGAAGAAACCUACAACGACCUACAGCAGCACCUAGAGCUGUGAGGACAACUCAAAAUCCACGGCAACGAAUAGAUAGAAAUAGACUGUUCCCAGGAUUUAACACAGGCAAUCAAUUUAAUCAAAAUUUUUUCAAUAAUAUACGCUGGAACGGAUAAUAAGCGGAUACAUUUGUUUCCACUGUGUUUUGAAUCAUUGACGAACAUUUGCUGAAUACUGUGUGUUUACU